GUGUCUCUGUGGCUGUGGAAGGUCCUCCCGCACUGCGAGCGGUGCUGUAUCAGCCUGUUUUAUUGCCUGCUGUGUACCGACUGAUUUUUUUUUUAAUCUCCAUUUUAGACAGUAUACUGGCGCAUCAGUGGGCUUCAUGACUGGGACAAUGUGCCGGGCUCUGGUCAGUUCCUGAUGGCCUGAUGGUCCAUCAAUAGCAGGCAGUUUCCUCAGUACUGAAUCGGUGUGUGACCUGGGAGAUGGACAGGCAGCAGCAGGCAGACACUAAUAGGACUGUAGCCACCACCACCCCCUCCACAUCAGCUGCCGUCACCAUGGCAACAGUCAGCUCUGGCAACACCACUUGCACCCAGGCGCCCUCUACUUCCCUCAGCAUCAUCUCACCUGACAGACAGGCGGUCCAGGUGAUCCAGCACGCCAUCCACAGACCUCAGAGCAUGGCGGCCCAGUACCUGCACCAGAUGUACGCAGCCCAGCAGCAGCACCUCAUGCUGCAGACCGCCGCCCUGCAGCAGCACCAGCACAGCCCUCAUCUGCAGAGCCUGGCCACCAUACAGCAGGCUUCGGUCUGUCAGCGGCACCAGUCACCUUCUUCAUCCAGUGGCGGUUUGGUUCAUCAGCCUGCUGGUGUUCCCCAAAACUCAAUUACUUUACCAGCAUCUCCAGUGACAGCCCAGCUGAUUGGCCGAACCCAAACAUCCACGGGUGCUGCAACCACCAUAUCCCAGCAGGCCAUGCUCCUGGGAAACAGACCGGCCAACUGUAACCAAGCUCAGAUGUACCUUCGCACUCAGAUGCUCAUUCUAACCCCCGCAGCCACGGUGGCCGCAGUUCAAUCAGACCUCCCUGCUGUCACCUCCUGCUCCUCUUUACCUACCUCCUCUCAGGUGCAGAAUCUCGCUCUGCGCGCCCACUUGCCUGGAGCUCUGGCCACAGCCCACGGCGUGAUUUUAAAGCCAUCCACCCAGUCGCAAGCCCCGACUCCGACCACAUCUUUAUCCAAGACGUCCGUCUGUGGGCUGAGAAGCAACCAGCUGACUGACCCCUCAACAGAAACAGGACCGGCUGAUGUCAACCGGCUGGCCUCAGGACCCCAGAUUAUAACGCCAGCCUACUCUUCGAUGCAGACCCACGCUCUGGUCAAGCAGCAGCUGUCCUGUCCGCCGGGCCAGCGGGUUGCACACCACCAGCUCAUCCUCCAGCAGGCUGCAGGAGGAGCUCCAAACCACCGGCAUCUCCAGCCCAUCGCCCUCAGAGUAGCACCUCAAGACACCAACUCCAACCCUCUUCCUCUCUCAGUGAAAAGACUGACCACUCCCAGCACCCAGUCUCAUACCCACAAUGACCUCCAGGCCCCUUCUUCUUCUUCUUCUCCAUCUGUCACCAGCAUGUUUGCAUCCUCAGCUCAUACCUCAAUCCCAGCCGCCACUGUACAGCCUCAGCCUCCUCCUCUGGUAGCUGCCCCACAGCGGCGGACCUCAUUCCCACAAGUGCAGAACCAGCCUCCACCUCCUCCUCCACCUCUGGUUCUCCCCAGGCUGCCCCAGAACCCCCCAGCCUCCCUCCAGAGGCUGUCCCUGCACUCCAUCCAGGCUUUGGCCAUCCAGUCGAGACAGAUGCUGCUGAGGGAGCAGGAGCUGCCGGUAGCCGAGGCUCUGGUCCAGAUGCCCUACCAGAACCUCCCACCUCCACAGACAGUAGCUGUUAAUCUGAAAGUGCAUCGGGUCAGACACAAUGAAACUCCAUCGUCGGGGCAAACAUGCAAAGUGAACGGAUUGAGCUCCGUGGAGAGGAAAGAUGAAUGUUCUCCGGUUCCACAGCGAGACAGGACGUUGACACCUCUCACUGGACCUCCUAAGCAGAAUGGUGCAGCAGUGUUGGGUUCAUCCUCCAUCCCAUCCAGUCACUCAGUGAUCAGAUCACCAGUGGUGGAAGAACCCUCCCAGCUCACCACCAGCAGCAGCAACCCUCCUCCUCCUCCAUCUCCUCCUCUACCUCCUCCCAUCCUGCCAGCAGCAGUGAGAGGCCCCAGCCAGCCCCCCUCCUCCCCAGCCAGCGUCCCGGGGAGCCCUGACAGGAUACUAACAACCCACGUCCUCACACACCUCAUAGAGGGCUUCGUCAUCCGAGAAGGCCUGGAACCAUUCCCGGUGGUCUCCUCGCUGUUAGCAGACCAGCAGGCUUCACUUCCUGAAUCUCAGGAGAUCCAAACCAACGGGGAUGCAACAGCAGAGGACAGUCCUCUGGAUGUUGACCAGUCGGAUACAACAGACUCAGAGAUGGAAGACGAUGACCCUGCAGCAGCUGUUGCAGAGCCGAGGGAGAGUGUGGCCGGUGUGCUGCAGUGUGAGUUCUGCGGGAGUCGAGGUUACUCUCACACAUUCCUGCGCUCCAAACGCUUCUGCUCCAUGACGUGUGUCAGAAGGUUCAGUGUGAGCUGCACCAAGCGUAUCACUGUGCUGAGAGCGGGUCGCUGGGGUCACAGGCCGAUGGGCAGGAGAGGACGACCCCCCAGCAGCAGAGUCAACGGAGCCUCCAGAGAACAUAUUCUGAGACAGACUCGUGGGUCGUUUGGCUCAGAGGAGACCCGGCAAAGUUCACUGAGAGAGGAGGAAGAGCUGGAGGAAGAAGAUGAAGAUGAGCCUCCCGUUCCCAUGACAACCAGGCUCCGGAAACAGGCAGAGAGAAACCGAGAGAGGGAGAGAGAGCAGGACAGAGAGGAGGAGCAGCCGGUGACAGACACCAUCAGUGUUUCUGAUGGAGAAGAAGACGUCGGCUGUCCGUCUCAGUGGAACGUACAACAAGUGUUUUCUUAUAUCAACUCCCUGCCAGGUGGUCAGGACGUAGCCGAGGAGUUUCGCUCCCAGGAAAUAGACGGACAGGCUCUGCUGCUUCUAACAGAGGACCACCUGGUCAGCACCAUGAACCUUAAACUGGGACCUGCACUCAAACUGUGUGCCCACAUUAACUCUCUGAAAGAUGCAUAAACAACGCGUUAACAUCCCGACUCUCCCAGAAUGGACGUGUGUUGAUCUGGACCCGGAUGAAGAGAAACAGGAGGACGGGCUUUUUAACAAGGAACAACGAAGCAUCUUUAAGUUGUCUGAUGGACUCGUCCUCAGACUUGCAUAAAAAAACAGACUGCAGUUUUUUCUGAGACCACUGCCAACGAUUUCACUCUUGAGUGAAGUCGUCACACUGUAACAGAUGAUUUUUAACACGAGAUGAGCAGUUCUUUAUAUCUCCUGUAAUGAUUGUAGCAGUUUGACUCCGGCAAUCCAUUUGUUUCAAAAUGGUAAAUGAACAGUUCUUUGUAUCAUUUGUAAACAACUUUACAUUAUUACAGAAAAAAGUUAAAGGAUACUGUCUCAAAGUUUACAAAACAGAUUUACUAUCUUACAGAUGGAGUUUGAUACACUUAUUGUCAGCAAACUAAUGACUUAUGGAACCAAACUGAUGACAAGGUUAUUUAUGAUUUAUUUAUUAUUGUCAUAAUUAAUAUACAAAUAAAACCAUUAAAGUAU